CAUCCGGGAAUCUGGUACGAACUCGCUCUCCAACAUGGCGGCGGCAGCUAAGAAAAAGGGGAAUAAGAAGGGGAAGACUCUGACCCUCACUGACUUCCUCGCAGAGGACAGUAGGAGUGGGGGCAACGCUCCACCACCGCAACCCAGCUACGCCAAGUCCACCAGCUGGGCUGAUGAGACCGAUGACCUGGAAGGAGAUGUGUCCACCUCCUGGCACACAGGGGAGGACAGUUACCGGGCCCCCGCAAUAGACCGUAACAUCCUGCCCACAGCGCCACGGUCGGCCCGUGAGCCCAAUGUGGACCGUUCACGCCUCCCCCGCAGCCCCCCCUACACAGCCUUCCUGGGCAACCUGCCCUACGAUGUCUCAGAGGAAUCUAUCAAGGACUUCUUCCGGGGCCUAGCGAUCAGUGCGGUGCGCUUGCCACGGGAGCCCAGUAACCCAGAGAGGCUGAAGGGCUUUGGCUACGCAGAGUUUGACGACGUUGACUCCCUCUUGAGGGCGCUGACUCUCAACGAGGAGAACCUGGGAAACCGCAGGAUCCGGGUGGAUAUUGCAGAUCAGUCCAAUGACAAGGAGGGGAGAGACAAUGGUCAGAUGGGUGGACGAGACCGGAUGGGCCGCAUGGGAGACAUGGCAGGCCCCGACAAGACAGACAGUGAUGACUGGAGGGCCCGGCCCACUGCAGACGCCGACGAUGGACCCCCAAAGAGAGAGGAAUCCGCCUUUGGGUCACGCGACCGCUACGGAGACCGUGACGGGCUGCGAAGGGACGACCGCGGCUUCGGCGACCGUGGCGGCGACCGGGACCGCGGCUUUGGCGGCAGAGACCGCUAUGACGACCGGGGAGGUGAGAACGGAGGUGAAACCAUUGCUCAAAACUUAACGGAUCGUCAUCAAUCUAGACCAGCCUUUGGCUCCCGCAGGGAUAGGGAUGACGGAGGGCGACGUGCCUUCGGCAGUGGGUACCGCCGUGACGAUGACGAUCAGAGUGGCGGAGGUGGUGGUAGCCGCUAUGGGGCCCGGGAUCGCUACGGCGGAGACCGGGAGGGCCGGUACGAGAGGCAGGACGAAGGGCGCGAGGAGAGAGGUGAGGGUGGUCCCACCGAGAGGCCCAAGCUGGUCCUGAAGCCGCGCAGCAUGGCCAAGGAGGAGCAGCCGGCCGGCAGCGGUGGGGCUCCCCCAGCUGCUCCGGCAGCCGCCCGCAGCUCUAGUCGAGCCUCCAUCUUUGGAGCGGCCAAGCCCGUGGACACAGCGGCUAAGGAGCGGGAGGUGGAGGAGAAGCUCCAGAGGCAGCUAGAAGAGGACCAGUCCAAGGGCUUCGAUAGGAAACCUCGCAACAGAGACAGGGACCCAAGCUGGAGGAAUGAGGAGCCACCUUCUGAGCGGUCCCGCACAGGAAGUGAGUCAUCACAUCCCGGAAGUACCUCUGGUGGGAGAGCCUCACGGCGCAGAGAGAGCGAGCGCUCAGUGGAGAACGAAGUAUUCAGCGGUAAGGAGGACGACCCUCCCUCUCCUGUGGCUCGCCCCUCUUCUGCCAACUCUUCCACCUUCUCCUCCAAGGAGCCCCUCAAGGUGAUGCCUACACUGCCACCUAAGGAGAAUGCCUGGGCCAAGCGGCCUGCAUUGAGUACCGGGUCCAGCGAGGGAUGCGCCCCUAUCUCUACCAGUGACACGGCACCUCCCAAACUGAGCUUGAGUUCUACAAAUGAAAGAGGAUCAAAUAAGGAAAGUCUAAAAGAAGAGGCCGAGACUCAAGACCUGCACCAGAGCCAAAGAAAUACGAAGAGUCCCCCACCCUUAAAUUCUGCUCAGCCAGUAAAUACGCUGUUCUGCUAAUGGACAGAGAGCAAGGAGAUGACGCAGAGAAUGGUGUGGAAUAAAACCAGAAGGGGAGAAAGAAGAGGAAAUCCAGAAUAUCACAUCAAAUAUGAACAUCUCCUCACCUGGAGUAGAGGCACCUGGGAAAGUCAUCACUUCUUCCUUCUUUACUCAAAACCCAUCCCAGACCCCUUCCCUACCCCUCUCUUCAGGACUUUUCAGUUUCUAAAAAGAGUAGUCACAUACUGGACUUGUUUUAAAUGGAAAAGGUAAGGGGAGUAGUCGACACUCAAGAAAAGAGAAUUUAAUUAAUUGUAAUAAAUAAAUAAAGUGGUGUAAAAAUGAUUUGCUUAUGUUUAUGGUAUUCGUUGGGUUCCAUCCCUCUCCCCAGCGGAAUAGGAAGAAGUUUGUUACUGGAUCCUGACUUUCCACCUGACCUACCUGACCUUAUGUGCAAUAAAAAAGCCAGUAUUUAUUUAACUGACAGAAUAGAAUAAAGGUACAGUGCCUUCGGAAAGUAUUCAGACCCCUUCACUUUUUCCACAUUUUGUUACGUUGCAGCCUUAUUCUAAAAUGGAUUUAAUAACAAGUCCUCAGCUAUCUACACUGGCCCACAAUGACAAUUCAAAAACAGGUUUUUAGCAAUAUUUGCAUAUUAGUAUUUAUUAAAAAUAAAAACCAUUCCUUAUUUACAUAAGUAUUCAGACCCUUUGCUGUGAGACUUGAAAUUGAGCUCAUGUGAAUCCUGGUUCCAUUUAUCAUCCUUGAUGUUUAUACAACUUGAUUUAGAGUUCACCUGUGGAAAAAUUAUAAUGAUUGGACAUGAUUUGGAAAGGCGCACACCUGUCUAUGUAAAGGUCCCACAGUGGACAGUGCAUGUCAGAACAAAAACCAAGCCAUGAGGUCAAAGGAAUUGUCCAUAGAGCUCAGACAGGAUUGUUUCAAGGAACAGAUCUGGGGAAGGGUACCAAAAAAUAUCUGCAGCAUUGAUGGUCCCCAAGAACACUGGCCUCUGUCAUUCUUAAAUGGAAGACAUUUGGCAUCACCAAGACUUCAUAGAGCAGGCUACCUGGCCAAAUGGAGUAGCUUUUGCCAGAGAGGUGACCAAGAACCUGAUGGUCAUUCUUGACAGAGCUCCAGAGUUCCUCUGUGGAGAUGGGAGAACCUUCCAUGAGGCCAACCAUCUCUGCAGCACUCUACCAAUCAGGCCUUUAUGUUAGUGGCCAGCCAAAAGCCACUCAAUAAAAGGCACAUGACAGCCUUCUUGGAGUUUGGCAAAAGGCACCUAAAAACAAGUUUCUCUGGUCUGAUGAAACCAAGGUUGAACUGUUUUGCCUGAAUGCCAAGUGUUACGUCUGGGGGAAACCUGGCACCAUCCCUACGGUGAAGCGUGGUGGCUGUGGGGAUGUUUUUCAGCGGUAGGGACUGUGAGGCUAGUGAAGUAUGAGGGAAAGAUGAAUGGAGCAAAGUACAGAGAUCUUUGAUGAAAACCUGCUCCAGAGCGCUCAGGACAUCAGACUGGGGCGAAGGUUCACCUUCCAACAGAACAACGACUCUCAAGCACACAGCCAAGACAACGCAGGAGUGGCUUCAGGACAAGUCUCAAUGUCCUUGAGAAGCACAGCCAGAGCAUGGACUUGAACCCGAUCGAACAUCUCUGGAGAGACCUGAAAAUAGCUGUGCAGUAAGGCUCCCCAUCCGACCUGACAGCGCUUGAGAAGAUCUGCAUAGAAGAACGGGAGAAGCUCCCCAAAUAAAGGUGUGCCAAGCUUGUAGCGUCAUAUCUGGAUAAGAGCGUCUGCUAAAUGACUUAAAUGUAAAUGUAUAUCCAAGAAGACUUGAGGCUGUAAUCGCUGCCAAAGGUGCUUCAACAAAGUACUGGGAAAAGAUAAAAAUACUUAUUUCAAUUGAAUAUUUGUUUUUUAUUUGUAAUAAAUUUGCAAACAUUUCUAAAACUCUUUUCCUUGUCAUUAUGGGGUAUGUGUAGAUUGAGAGGGGGGGGGGGCAAUUUGAUACAUUUUAGAAUAAACUAAUUUAACAAUGUGGGGGAAAAAUCUAGCUCUGAGUACUUUCCAAAUGCACUGUAUAUAUUGUCAGAGUACCCUUAUUGGUCCAGCCAACACUAACGAUGACAUGGUUCUCAAUGGGUGUGCCUGUUUUGCACAGCUAGCUCAUGGUGAACCACGAAAGCGGCAAAGGAGGAGUUUGCUGUUGUAUUUGAGUACUGUAGAGCCUGGGAGCUGUGGAUGUCAUCACUAAGUAAAGCGUGACAGGAAAAAUUCAGACUGAUCAAAAUAUGAAUAAUAGUUUUUCAGAUGGCACCAUGACACCUCAUUUUCCUCAUUGUUGAUCAAUUAUCAAGUUCUCCACCACCUGCAAUUUGUUUUUGACCCGUCUGUUUGGAGUGGGGUGUUCGGCGUUUGCCACUGGGCUCCUAAAUUCCAAAACGAGUGCGAACUCCGCCCACCCGGCCAAUAACCUGGUGUCCCCCGCAAAAAAGCGCCCCCCUCCCCCCCAAUGAAAAUCUAGCAUUGCUAUGGGGAAAUGUGAUGUCCAAGGAUGCUACUACAAGUGUAGCAUAGCUAACUUUAGCUAGCAUGCAAUGCUACUGAUCUGUUGAUGUAUUGGGAAGGUGUUUCCAUGGUAGUGUUUUUGAGAAGUAGCUUUUAUAAUUCUUAUUCAUAAAGGGGUUUUUAUUUCUGAGGUUGUAUGCAUAGGCUUUGGGGAGAAUACUUGUUUAAUCCCUUUGGGAAAAGGCCCAUACUGACUGUCCAUGAGGAAUGACAAUGAAUUAUUGUCUUCGCAGUGUAAUGGAAACCUUAACUUGCAAUCUUUGAGCCUUUUUAACUUAACUACUUGGAAUAAUAAAUUGGCUGAAAAUGUUAUUUGAGCUUUUGCUUAUACCAGAGUUGAUGUGGUGUGAAGGUUUUCAUAUAAACUGAUUUAAAUUCCCAAUUUAAUCAGAUAAAUGAAUAUUUCUAUCAUAUUUUGAUAAGUUUCCAUGUAACUCAAAGCUGUGAAGAUGCUUGCACAUCACUUAUUCAACAGGGAUCUUUAGGUGGGUCUUAAUCCUGACAGAAUUUGGCAGCCAACGGCAACAAUGACUCACUAAACCGAACUAAAUCUCGUCACCGUUAUCCCCUAUCACAGUGCAGAUGUUUGUUUUUCAACACAGUGAUGCAAUAAUGACAUCAAUUAAAAGCCAAGUUAAACACAUUUCGUCCAGCUGUUGCUCAAGACAGGAUUUAAGGAUUACUCUGAGAUGACAUUUUCUCAUUUUGAAGUGAUUGAUUAAUUGGGCCUGUGCAUGACAGUACAUAUGUGGUCAUGUAUUUACAGUACAUCUGGUGGAUACUUAAAAUACUUAAAUACUCAAUACUUAAUUGUGUUGACAUGUACAUUGGGGGUGUUUGGUUUUUUUAUUACAUGAAAUUAGCUUUAAAACUGCAACAUUUUCUAGCAGGAAACUAGCUCGGGAUUCUUGAUAGUCGGGACAAUCCUUGUCUGGCAGGGAAACGUUUUAUAUAGUUGUGUUUUUUGAGAUUAACUUUUACUUUCAGGGAAAUUUUGUUUUUGGAAUUUUCUAAAAUAUUUUCAAUAAUAAUAAUAAUUCUAUUUUUGGGUCUACAGUGCAUUCAGAAAGUAUUCAGACCCCUAGACUACGUUACAGCCUUAUUCUAAAAUUGAUAAGUGGUUUUCCCCCAAAAUCAAUCUACACACUACCACAUAAUGACAAAUCAAAAAAUGGUUGUAUAAUUCAGACCCUUUACUCGGUACUUUUGUUGAAGCACCUUUUGGCAGCGAUUACACCCACGAGUCUUCUUGGGUAUGACACUACAAGCUUACCACACCUGUAUUUGGGGAGUUUCUCCCAUUCUCUAAAGAUCCUCUCAAGCUCUGUCAGGUUGGAUUGGGAGCGUUGCUGCACAGCUAUUUUCAGGUCUCUCCAGAGAUGUUUGAUCGGGUUCAAGCCAGGGCUCUGGCUGGGGCACUUAAGGGCAUGCAGAGACUUGUCCUUAAGCCACUCCUGCAUUGUCUUGGCUGUGUGCUUAGGGUCGUUCCUGUUGGAAGGUGAACCUUUGCCCCAGUCUGAGGUCUUGAGCACUCUAGAGCAGGUUUUCAUCAAGGAUCUCUCUGUACAUCUUUCUGUUAAUCCUGACUAGUCUGUCUGCUGCUGAAAAACAUCCCCACAGCAUGAUGCUGCCACAACCACGCUUCACCAUAGGGAUUGUGCCAGGUUUCCUCCAGAUGUGACGCUUGGCAUUCAAGCCAAAGAGUCUAAUCUUUGUUUCAACAGACCAAAGAAUCUUGUUUCUCAUGGUCUGAGAGUCUUUAGGUGCCGUUUGGCAAACUCCAAGUGGGCUGUAAUGGGCCUUUUCCUGAGGAAUGACUUCCGUCUGACCACUCUACCAUAAAGGCCUGAUUUGGUGUAGUGUUGCAGAGAUGGUUGUACUAAUGGAAGGUUCUCCCCUCUACACAGAGGAACUCUGGAGCUCUGUCAGUGACCAUUGGGUUCUUGGUCACCUCCCUGACCAGGGCCCUUCUCCUGAUUUGCUCAGUUUGGACAGGCGGCCAGCUCUAUGAAGAGUCUUGGUGGUUCCAAACUUCUUCCAGUUAAGAAUGAUGGAGGUCACUGUGUUUUUGGAGACCUUCAAGGCUGCAGAAAUGUUUUGGUACCCUUCCCCAGAUCUGUGCCACAACACAAUCCUGUCUCGGAGCUCUAUGGACAUUUCCUUUGACCUCAUGGCUUGGUUUUUGCUCUGAGAUGCACUGUCAACUGUGUGACCUUUUUUAUAUAGACGUGUGUGCCUUUCCAAAUCAUGUCCAAUCAAUUCAACUUACCCAAGGUGGACUCCAAUGAAGUUGUAGAAACAUCAAGGAUGAUCAAUGGAAACAGGAUGCAUCUAAACUCAAUUUCAGAGUCUCAUAGCAAAGGGUCUGACUACUUAUGUAAAUGAUGUAUUACUGUUUUUUAUUUAAUACUUUUGCAAACAUUUCUAAACCCCUGUUUUUGAUUUGUCAUUAUGGUGUAUUGUUUGUAGAUUGAGGAAAAACAAUAUUUUAAUCCAUUCUAGAAUAAGUCUUAAAAAUGUGGAAAAAGUGAAAGUCUGAAUACUUUCCAAAAGCACUGUAUGCCUGGAAAUGCCCUUGUACUGAGCAAAGGAUCCCAAUUUGAAGCUCUCCAAAAAGUGUCAAAUUCGAAAAACAGGUAAUCAUGGAUAUUAAUUGGCCUACACGCAACCCCAUAAUGUCUGUAAUUGUAUUACAAAUACAUCAAAUUAAGAAAUCAACACUUUUAUGGCAAGCCUAAAUAAAUUCAGGAGUAAAAAUCUACUCAACUCUCAUAGGUUGCAUGUAAUCUCUGUACACCCCCCCCCCCCCUUUCAAACACAGAACCACAAAAAGCAGGUUUUCCACUGCCUUGCAAAGGCGGCCCCAAGAUGUAAUAUUUUAACCAAAAUUCAUAUUCUAUUUAAUUAGGUUUUAGAGUCGUAAAAAUAACUGUGGGAAAAACAACAUUGCUUCUGUGUAUACAACUUGAAUGAAGAAAAAUUCAAAUGGUCAACUCUGUAAAACAUGAACUCUGUCAGAGUGCUGAAAGAUCUGGGAAUGUUUUUUUUUAUUGGGGAUAUUCAAAUUCAUGUUUUACAAAUGUUUGUAUUUAACUUGUUUUUUGAGGCAAAAAUGUCUGUCAACUCCGUCACUGAACUCUAACCCCCUUAAAAUCUUUUUAUUCUGAAAAAGUAUUUUAAUCCCUGUUCUGCAACAAACUCUUAAACAAUUUAAGUAUUUGCUGUGCUGAUGGAUUGUUUGCUUUAUAAAUGUUUAAUGUUCUAAAUCUAGAAAAACAUGCCAAAAUGCUAAAUAAAUUAGCCCUGGAGUGUGUUAUAGAACAAAAUAGUAUGUUUGGAGAUUUGUAUUACAUAUUUGAAUAACUAAAUGUUAGAAUUAAACAAAGGCCUUUUUACAAUUGUUCAACAACA